UAAAGCAGGCUGCAGGGCAAUAUGAUCCUUGAAGUCCUUUGCCUCCUCUGCUUUGAUCUGCUUCAUGUGUGUCUGGAACCUUGGGAGGCUUUGGAUACAUCUUACCCAUCAAAUGUUUUCCGGGCUGUGUGUUGGCCAAAGUAGCUGGAUGACUGAUGAGACCCUUCCCAAGCCCUUCCUCAAUGCCUGGCCCAGCUGGAUAAUGCCUCCCAAGAGCAAUGUGACACUGCAAUGCCACACUUCCACCAAGAACGUCAACUUUGUUCUCAGAAAGGGAAGAAGUAUCUUAGAGUCCUUGCAAUCACUGGCUUCCACAGAGGGCGUGGCUGAAUUUCACCUCAAUGACCUAAAAACCCGUAACGCUGGACCGUACACCUGCGAAUACUAUAGAAGAGAGCUCCCACAAAUAAAUUCACAGCCCAGUGACAUCCUCCUCCUGCUGGUGACAGGAGAGUUCCCUAAACCUUCCCUCCAAGCCCACCAAAGAGGUGUGGUGACCGCAGGAGAAACCGUGACCCUGCAGUGUCAGAGGCCAGACAAUAUUUUCAUGCCUAUAAAGUUCGCUCUGCUGAAGGCGGGAGCAGCAGAGCCCAUACGGGUCCAGGAUCCAGCAGGGAAGGAGACAGACUUCUCCCUCAGGAGUGUGACAGUCAGUGAUGCCGGGAACUACAGCUGCGUGUACUUCCAGAUAGGGGCCCCUUUUUUGACCUCACAGCCUAGCAAUUUUCUGGAGAUCCAGGUGAGAGGUGUGCAACAUACAUAUAUUUUUUAACUGGAGAGCAUUUCUUCUGUUAUUUCCCAAUUCCUGUUUCUCCUUUGUUUUCACGGUCAUCUCCUUUUUAAGUCUCUCCUUUCCUACUUUCUAGUCUUCAGCCUUUGUUGUUUUGCCUUCUUGGAUAACAUCUCAAGUUGUUCCUCCCAACGAUCCAUCCCGCCACCACCAGGGCCCCUUCUGCCACCUGCGUCAUCCCGGUGAUGGAAACGUCAUGGUGGUACCUUUGUCAUUCUUAGAACGUGGUGCUUCCCCACUCGCCUGCUUUUGUGGCACAGAUGUGGUGUCUUCUAAACUGAUCUUCUGUGUUUGGCAGAACGCUACUUCGUUGGAGGCCAUGCCAUGCUUCCUGGGUGUUUUAAGUGUUUGUGUGUGUGCCAUGGUCCGCAAACAGCCUGUAGUUAACAAGCAAGGUCCGGGUGGGCAGCCCUGAGAGGUGCAGAGGGCAUCAGGGGGGUCUCCCUGCAGACUCUGCCUCCAGGGAACAUUGCUGCUGAUGGUCUCGGACAGGAGCUCUGCACUCAUGGCACGUGUGGGUUGCAAGAUGCAAAUGCAAAUGCGGGUCCUCUCUAGGAACCAGGGCCAAUGCUGAGCCCUGGCUCUUCUUGGGUGAAGCUGAAAUGAAAUGCAUGGUGGUCCUGAUGCUCAGCCUCUAAGCUUGAGUCUUCUUGAGCUCCCUGGCGGCAGUAAGUCUUGGCAGGAGGAGGGGAGCAGACGCAGCCACUGAGGUACUUCAGCGCUCUGUGCAGCAACUUGGGUUGUAGGGGUUCCUCCUAAGCCUGAUUCCUACCACAAGGAGGGAGAAGGGGAAAUGGCAGUGUGGGAGGGUGGAAAUGAGAUGAAGAGCAAAGAAACACAAGAAGGGAGAUAAAGCAGAGAGAACACAGAGGGAAGAAGGCAAAGGAAGACCCCACUACAACUCUCCUGAAGUCUCACGUUGUGUUUUCAGUGAUCCCGAUGUCAGGGAAGGUACAGCUGACCACUGGCCAGGAAAUAUAAGCAGGUGCAGAGAGUCACACUGGGCAGAUCCACUUGAGAAGGAAGGAUGCUCCUCUCCUGGCUGGCGCUCAUCCUCUUCUCUCUCCCAGAUCCUCCAGGUGCCACAUUGGGGGAUUACACCACGUCGGGGGAUUACACCACGUGGGGGGAUUACAACAGGUCGUCGGGGGAUUACACCACGGGCAACCUCAUCCGCCUGGGUCUGGCUGCCAUAAUUGUGGUGAUAUUGGGGG